AUGUCUCCUGAAUAUGCCACUGAAGGCCUUUUCUCUAUAAAAUCCGAUGUCUUUAGUUUUGGAGUUCUGAUGCUAGAGAUUUUGAGUGGCAAGAAGAGCACUGGGUUUUAUAAUUCUGACUCUCUCAAUCUUCUUAGAUAUGCAUGGGAGCUAUGGAGAAGUGAGAGAGGAUCGGAACUGAUAGAUCCAAUGUUGGGCGACCCACCAUCUAUGUCUCUGUCAUUGAGAUACAUCAAUGUGGCUCUACCGUGUGUCCAAGAAACUGCGGCUGGUAGACCGACAAUGUCAGACGUCGUCUUGAUGCUCAGCAACGAGCUUGUAGCUCUACCUUCGCCUAAACAACCUGCUAACUCUACUGCCAGAAGUCUGACAUUAGUAAACUCCGAUGCUAGCAGGCCUGGAAUUUGUUCAAUAAAUAAUGUCACGGUCUCAAUGAUGGAAGGCCGCUAG